AGCUUCAGACGGACUUUAUUCUGUCCUGGGGCUCAGUGAAGGCUGCUGCUGCACGCCGCUGUGCGCGAGAACACGGGAUAAGUUUUUACUGUGAGGACUACUUCGGAUUAUUGUUGUAUUUCAUUUCGUUCACCCGCAAAGGCAACAAUUAUGACACUUAUGAAACUUUGGAAACAAAAAAAGCGAACGUGUCUGAACGUCGCUUUCAUGUCACUGAGGGAAUAAACGCGAGAGGAGACGUCAAGUGGAUUUUACACAUCGUGCUCCGAACGCACAGACCGGAGAAUUUAAAAUAUUUUCUUCAACUGCUGAAUUGUGAUUUUUGUCCUGUCACAUUUUCCUGGACAGCCUUCACUCUUGUGCCACCGACUGUGAGUCUCACGGUACGACUUUUGUCUGGCGUUUGCGACCUGCCGGGAACAAACGUGGCUGGUGAAAAUAUUACAGGGUCGUUAAAUUUAUUGGAACGUGACCACCGGAGAUGAACUUUCUUCGUACUGCUUGAGGGAGCUCCUGGUGAAUGAUUGACAGCAGAGGCUCGCCUCGCGCUCCGUGGACCUUUACUGACAAACUGGAUUUACUGUCAGCAUUUCAACUUGUUUUGCUUUAAUCGUUAAGAGUCUGAAAAGUGCUUGGAGCAGAAUGAAACUCGGGUCCUGAUCUAUCCAGCAGAGGAAGAAUGUUUCCAGGUUUCCGAGAUGAAUUCAUGAAGUAAAAAGAAACCGCCUUUCAUAUUUCUUCUGGUAUUAAUGACUAAAUUAAUCACUCUAAAACAAUAAAAUAUUUGUUUUCUAUAUGGCAUCUACGGUGAGGCACGCACCGUGCAGCCCGGUGGACCCGCGGCCCCUCGUGCUGCUGCUGCUGCUGCUGCUGCUUCGGUGUCCUGGUCUCACAUCAGGAGCCUCCAAGGAUCUGGUGUGUGAACCCAUAACUGUGCCCAUGUGCAAGGGCAUCGGCUAUAACCUGACUUACAUGCCCAAUCAGUUCAACCAUGACACCCAGGAGGAGGUGGGGCUAGAGGUGCACCAGUUCUGGCCCCUGGUUCGGAUCCGCUGCUCUCCAGACCUGCUCUUCUUCUUGUGCAGCAUGUACACGCCGAUCUGUCUGCCUGACUACCGCAAGCCACUGCCACCCUGCCGCUCCGUGUGUGAACGGGCCAAACGAGGAUGCUCCCCUCUGAUGAGCCAGUAUGGAUUCGAGUGGCCCGAGAGAAUGAGCUGCGAACAGCUGCCCCAGCUGGGUGACGAGACCCUGUGCAUGGACCAGAACAGCAGCGAGACUACCACACUUGCUCCGCCGUUCCCCAAACCCACUCCUAAAGGCCGAACCAGACCCCCCAGCCCUCCACAGUGUGACGGGGAGUGCCGCUGUCGAGAACCCUUGGUCCCCAUCAAGAGGGAGUCCCACGCUCUGUACAGUCAAGUCCACACCGGCACUGUUCCCCACUGCGCCCAGCCCUGCCACCAGCCGUACUUCUCAGCUGAUGAACGUGCCUUCACCAGCUUCUGGGUGGGACUUUGGUCGGUGCUGUGCUUCGUCUCCACCUUGACUACUGUUGCCACCUUUCUCAUUGACAUGGAACGCUUCAAGUACCCAGAGAGGCCCAUCAUCUUCCUGGCCGCUUGCUACCUCUUCGUCUCUUUGGGUUACAUAAUCCGCCUGGUGGCUGGUCAUGAGCGAGUGGCGUGUGGCACCAGCAGCAGUGUUGGUGGUGACCAGUUGUACAUCCUUUAUGACACCACUGGCCCUGCUCUCUGCACCCUCGUCUUCUUGUUGGUGUAUUUCUUUGGCAUGGCCAGCUCCAUCUGGUGGGUGGUCCUGUCCUUCACCUGGUUUCUGGCUGCAGGGAUGAAGUGGGGCAGUGAGGCCAUCGCAGGAUACUCUCAGUAUUUCCACCUCGCCGCCUGGCUCAUUCCCAGUGUCAAGACCAUCAUCGUCCUGGCUCUGAGCUCUGUGGAUGGAGACCCUGUGGCUGGAAUCUGCUAUGUGGGGAACCAGAGUCUGGAGAAUCUGAGGGGAUUUGUACUUGCACCUCUCGUGGUUUACCUCUUCACUGGUUCACUCUUCUUACUCGCCGGCUUUGUUUCUCUCUUUCGCAUCCGAAGCAUCAUCAAGCAAGGUGGCACCAAGACAGACAAACUGGAGCGGCUGAUGAUCCGCAUCGGGCUCUUCACAGUGCUGUACACUGUCCCCGCCACCAUUGUGGUGGCCUGCCUGGUCUAUGAGCAGUACUACCGGCCCGGCUGGGAGCGAGCCUUGGCCUGCUCCUGCUUGUCUGAGCGCCAGCAUUCGGGCGUGGGCCCAGACUACGCCAUCUUCAUGCUCAAGUACUUCAUGUGCUUAGUGGUGGGCAUAACCUCAGGAGUCUGGAUUUGGUCCGGAAAAACCCUGGAGUCCUGGAGGAGGUUUGUGGCUCGAUGCUGCCCCUGCUGGCUGCAGAAAGCCACUGCUCCACCCUCGAUGUACAGUGAGGCCAGCACUGCUUUAACUGGACAUACAGGAACUGGACUGACAUCAGGGAUCUACCAUAAAGCUGUGCCAUCCCAUAUAUGAACUGAGUGGCACAGUGACUGGUGUCCAUACUGUUUGUACAGUCAGCUCUGUGGAUGCUCGGAAAUAAACUAAAGUAUCCAAAGACCCAGAAUGUGAGUGCAGGCAAACAUCUACAGGACUGCCUGCUUGUGUAUCCUGGGCUGAGAAUUUCAUCUGUCACAAACUAAUUGAGACAAGGUGAAACACAAUGAGCCAAAAGAUUGGAGUGUAGAAAGAGUGUAAAAAGGGAAAAAUAAAAGCAACCUGAGUAAUUGGAAUUUAAAGAAACUCUAUCCCAGAAUAUUUAUAAGAGAGUUUGACUUCUGUGGAAAGUGACUCCAACAUCUGAGACUGCUUUUCUAAAUGGUCAAGCUGAAACAGCUGACCAAACCUGACAUUUAGCGAGAAACGCCCACAGAGUUACAUGGAUCCAUGAUGGAAUCACACAUGCUUCUUCCUAUUUGCUUAUCCUGACCACUGAGAACAUAUUUAUUUAUGUACAUAUUGUAUAAUUUUUCUGUAAAAAAAAAAAAGAUAAUUAGGUGUAUAGUGUGAAAUGUUUAGUAUGUAACCUACCACUGCUACAAGCUAAGUGUCCAACACAGAGAAACAGAUCUUGUCUGAUCUGAAUUGUGCAAACUUGUACAUAAAUGUGCUGUUUCUUGUCAGUGUUUGAGUGUGAUAUCUUGUGUGUUUUGUUUGAUUACAAAGUAAAAAAGGCCUGAGAAAUUGUCUUUGUGAAAUUAAACAAAAAAAAGAAUUCAUUAGUGAUAGUGGAUAUGGUUGUAACCUGAGCUGUUGUCAGUUUGCAUCACACUUAAAGUCCCUGAAGUAUGUCUCUGAAUAGUGAACCAGAUGCGUCCUUGUUAUGUGAGCUAAAAGGCAGCAUUCAGGUUAAAGCUGAAGGAUGAAGCUGAUCAUGGCCUUUACUCCCAUCUGCUGGUUCACAGUGGAACUGUUCCCUCCUUGUUCUCCACAUCAGGGGCUCUCAAAUCAGGACCACCAGACAGAUCAGCAUUAGACCACAGACCCUCAGCUGAAGGUUUUGUACCAAGACUGUCCAGAUGAAGGUAUUGAUUACUGAACAUUACUGUCAUAGACUGAUGUUUAAUUGAUUAAACUAUCAACAGAAAUCUGAUUCCACUACUUUGUGGUAUUUUAUAGACCAAACAAAUACUCAAAAAACAAUUAAAUUAAUAAAGAAAAUAAUUAAUUUUUGCAGCCAUACGUGUUGUUUAACAGCAGUGAGAGUCAAACACACAAUAUUUACUUAUUGCAUCAUUUUCAUACAUCCGAUUAAUGAGAAAAUUUCCUUAUUUAGCCGAAAACAGACAGCUUGUAUUAAAUCAUACACAUAAAGUUGUACAAGACAGAAUAUAUAUUUUUUUCUGGCUCGACCUUCUAAAUCUUGUAAAUUCAAUAUUUUGGGAGGUUUGAACUGAUGGUUGGGCAAAACAAGCACUUUGAACAUUUGUCAUUAUUUCAGAAAAUGUAUAACAUAAACAUGCAUUUGGAUGAUGCUGCUUUUCAUCACAGUUGGUGUAUUGACAUUAUCCACAUAAAUCUGUACAGAGACGUAACCCUGCAAAUCAGUUCCACAGAACAAAAAUCACAGCAGGGGACUGUGGUCUAACACGAAUCACCUGUUUUUAGGGGUCUUGACAACAGAGACCAGGGAACCUCCUGUCAGAGGUCGCCGUUACUGUUUCUGAUGGGGGCACAAGUAUACAAAUCAACUGUUAAUGUAACCUAAAUGGACUAAAUGUCUGAGAUUUGGUCAAAUGAGGCACAUGUAAAGCUUUGGUUUACUGCUCCCUCCCUCCCUUCCUGCCUUGAUGCUCUGUGAUAUUUUCAUAUGUUGUCAGCAGGUUGUGUUAUUUAGACUACUGGGUGUCCACAUGCUAGUUGAAAUCUCUAAUUUAUUAGGCUGAUUUGUGGGAGUGAAUGUGAUCGUGUGAGUGAUGAUGGAUGCAGUUAGUUUUGGUAAAGACUGACAUUUUAUUUGUUUAUUUGUUCGAGUGUAAAUCUGCUGUCAUAUUGAUAGAGUUCCUCAAAGGAUAUAAGAAUAUUGUAGAUUUUGAUUCACUGUGGAAUUAAAACUGAGUUGAUCUCAAGUUUGGUGCAUGUGUCAUCUACAUCUGUGUGUUUCUGUACAUCUGCAAUAUGCUGUAUUCACCUUUACUGAGGUAUCUGGGAGUUAAGAGCACGAUAGCCUUCAGUCCAGUGGAUCCAAUUAACAAGAAUAAAGAUGUGUGGAUCAGUC